AUGGACAGCGAGCACCAACCUUUGGCGUCCUCAUCAGCCACCGAACUUUACACCGAAGGGUCACACACCACUGACCCAGCAUUCAGCCAUGAGUCCCUGGAUGUCACUGGCAAGGCAUCCAGCAAUGCCACACCCUGGUACAUCCCACCUAAAAGAUACAUCAUUGCACUAAUGGUCUUCCUGGGAUUUGCCAAUUUAUAUUCUCUGAGAGUCAACUUGAGUGUUGCUAUUGUGGCUAUGACGUCAAACAAAAGUGUUGUCAUAAAUGGUACACUACACACAAUAUCUGGACCAUAUUUUCACUGGAGUAAUUACCUACGUGGCCAGAUUUUGGCCAGUUUCUUUUAUGGCUACAUUGUUACACAAAUUCCUGGAGGUUACCUGUCUAAUCGCUAUGGGGGCAAACACUUUUUCGGCAUUGGGAUAUUCAUCACUGCUUUGCUGACCCUGACCACACCACUACUUGCUACAUGGAGCCCCAACCUUUUGAUUGCCUGCCGCGUAUUGGAGGGGCUUUGUGAGGGUGUAACUUACCCAGCUAUUCAUGCUCUCUGGUCCAAAUGGGCCCCACCAGCAGAGAGAACAAAACUGGCAACAUUUGGGUUUUCAGGUUCAUAUAUUGGAACUGUUCUUGCCUUGGUAAUAUCUGGAUCCCUAGCUGAAAGCACAGCCGAGUGGCAGUCAAUUUUUUACAUCUUUGGGUCACUUGCUGUCAUCUGGUUCCUGUUGUGGGUUAUUGUUGUCACUGAAAACCCAGCCAGUCACCCAGGCAUCACAACAGCUGAGCUGGAUUAUAUCCAGAACUCUAUUGGUUUUACUGAGGAACAAACUAAGAGAGCUCACCCACCGUGGCUGCAGAUGAUCAAGUCCGCACCUGUCUGGGCCAUCGCCACGGCUCACUUUGUUGAAAACUGGGGCUUCUACACCUGGUUGACAGAACUGCCCACUUUCAUGACCCACGUUCUUAAGUUCCACAUGAAGGAGGGUGGGUUUCUCUCAGCUCUCCCAUACCUGGUGAUGGGAAUUGUUGUCUUCAUGGGCGGAUAUUUUGCUGAUGUUCUGAGGUCAUCUUUCAACAUCUCAACUGUAGCUGUUAGGAAGAUCUUUACCUGUGGAGCAUUUUUAAUCCAAGCUGUGUUCAUGAUAGCCGCUGGCUAUCUGAUGUCCAGAGCGGCCGCUGUGGUGUGUUUGACUGUAGCCGUGGGUGUGGGCGGUUUUGCCUGGGCCGGUUUUAGUGUUAACCACCUGGACAUUGCCCCGCAGUAUGCCAGCAUUUUGAUGGGCUUGUCCAACACAUUUGCCACAUUGCCAGGUAUCAUCAGCCCUGGACUGACCAGCGUGGUUGUGACUGACCAGGACUCGUCAGGUGAAUGGCAGAUUGUGUUUUACCUGGCAGCUUGCAUCUAUGGCAUUGGUGCUUUCAUCUACGGAAUCCUGGCCUCAGGUGAAACCCAGUCCUGGGCCCAGCUACCUGCCAGCUACCACUCAUACGUUGACGACCCCGAGGCCGAGUAACUAUCACGUAUCCCCUGAAACGUUUAUCAAAGAUUAACUCUCCUGCUGCUUACAUUUGUCUUUGAAAACAUUUUUAUUUACGUUGUACAGAGAUUGAAGUUUAUAUUUUAAAUUGAUAUUUUUUCAUAUUGUCCAGGACAGUUUAUUGUUCUGGAUUUUUUUCUUUCUUAUUGUGAUAAUUGCAGAAAAUUUAUUUGCUUUUCAAAAAAUUAAACUUAAAUCAAAACCUAGUACUUAUUUAAACAAA